AUGACCUACAGAACGUCUUCGGGGGAGAUUCGGCCAGCCGAAGGAAAGGUGGUAGUCAAGCUGAGAAUCGGGUCUCUUAUCAUCAAAGCUCCGAUGGCCGUAAUGCCCCAUCCGGAUGAUGCCCUGGCCCAUCCGGAACUGUAUGAGCGGGGACGAGACAAUCUCUGGAAGUUUGCGGUGCCCAUGUCCGGAGACAGUCAUGAGGAUCCAGUCGUCGUGAAAACGUCAUCACGCUUCGAAGAAGUCUUCGCCGGAGAGAAGCGUAAAAGUCCUUCCCCGCCACGGGACGACCAAGGAGAGGCCAAGCGAAGCGAACCUCUGAAAGGUCUUGAUGGCUUCCGCAGCGGAGCCGCGGAGACGAUUCAGAUAAAUCAGAACCGUCAAGGAGACCAGUCAGACGGCGAAGAAAACCUAAGAGAUUCCGUACUAAAGACCGCCAAAAUUCAUGUUCCGGGGACGACGAGGAGACGAGGCAGCCCCCGUUCGGAGCUGAGCCAGACGCGACCGCUGCCGGAAAAGCUGCAUCUGAUGAAUCCAGAGUGGAUGGAUUACCUGGAGUGGUUUCGGUCAUUCGGAAGCGAGGGAGAACCGAAAGUCGACUUGAUCGCAGACCUGGAGUACCGGAACCUCGAUCCCGUGCUUGAGCGAGGGCUGUGUCUCGAAAAUCCAUACAGUAUUAGCUACCACUUUCGACAGUUUUUCCCCAAGUCUCAAGGGGGAUUGAACAUUCUGUAUGACAAUUCACAAAAGCCUGUCUCGUCCUCAAAAUUGCCGCUACAGAUCCGACGACAUGCGGAAGAGUUAGCGCGGGCUGAACUUUCGCCGGAGCGAGCUAAUGUCCCUUUGAUGCGGCAACAUGUAAUUCUGCAUGAUGUUCUGCCCUCCGAACUGCGAUCUUUACCAGGGGUUUCUAUCGUUACAAGUGGGGCCGAGUCCACCCUGACACGCACGGAAACGUCACCGGAGCGAGACAUGCCACGAGACAGCCCGGGAAGUCAGCAUGUCUUCGUAACUUCGCCAGCGAACCCGUCCCCAAAAGCCCACACGGAGUCAUCAAUAGCCCCUCCGUCGAGUGCCCCGAUGGAAGUCGAAGCUGAAGACCGGGAGAAAGCCGCUAUCCGGGAACGUCUGAGAGCGUCGAGAGAGCGGGAAGUUGUAGCAAAACCAGAAAGACAGUCGGGCUUUCAGGGUGCAAAAGUCACGGGUCAGGUGGAGAUGUCUCGCGCUGAGGAAAACGUCUACGAACGGUUAACGAGGUACUUCCGCUACCAGGCAGUGCUCAGCUUAGCCUUCAACAUAGCCAAAAGACGUCACAAUCUGUUGAAGAGAAAUCCUGACGCCAUAGACGGAUAUGCGCAGAAGAUGAAGGAGCUGGUCGAUGGGAUUUUGCACUUCCCCCUCCUCUGGAAAGGCAGUCGCGAAAACCGAAUGGUGAAGUACGCGGCCAACUUGUACGAACUUUACUUCGAGGAGUGCGAUUUUGACCGUCAGUCCCUAAAGUCAUUCAUGGAGGCGGACUGGAAAGCAUCCGGCCAAACCGUAGAGAGCCCUCAAGCCUAG